AUGGAGUUCGCAUCUUAUUGGAUGAAGAGCUUAGAGGGCAGUGUUUAUACGCCGAAGAUAGGCUUGGAUAAGGGGGAGAAGUUGCGGUUUUGGGAGGCUUUAGAUGAGGUGGUAAGAGGAGUGCCUAGUUCUGAGAAAAUUGUUGUAGCGGCGGACUUCAAUGGGCACAUUGGGUCGUUACCGGGAGGCUUUAAUGAUGUGCAUAGUGGUUUUGGUUUUAGAGAGAGGAAUGAUGAGGGAGCUGCUCUGUUGGAUUUUGCGAGGAUUUUGGUAAUGGACUUGGGUAUAAAGCGAGAUAAGAAGAGAAGGCUUGAGGAGAGUAGACCUAGAAUUAAUUGGGGCGGUUUAACGCCGAUAACUGCACGGGUAAUAGAGAAGAAGGUGGCAGGUAUGGGGGUGUGGCAGUGUAGGGGAGAUAUGGAUGAUAUAUGGGAUAGGGUGGCUAGGUGCAUCAAGGAGACUGCUAGUAAGGUGUUAGGUAUUUCUAGAGGCCAGGCGAGCCACCGUCAGGGGGAUUGGUGGUGGGAUGAAGAAGUUAAGAAGAAAGUGGAGGUGAAGAAGAGGGCGUAUGCUAAGUUGGUUGAGCGUAAAAAUGAAUAA